AUGAACCAGUUGAAACGGAUGCAGCGGAAAGCUGCUCUAUGGAUUACGGGUGCUUUCCGCACCUCACCCACAGGCGGUCUUGAGGCCUUGGCGGGUCUCAUUCCCGUCCACCUUAUGCUGAAGAAGUUGGCAACGCGCGCAGUGUAUCGCGUCGCCACCCUGGCAGACACUCACCCUCUUCGCUCCAUGAUGGGCAAGGGACUUCUUAAGCAAGCCGCACCACAUGCCCGCUCAGCCGCCUUGAUGACCCCAGCCAUGCGAGGGAAAGUCAAGAGCACUGUUAUGGAGGUGGACGAGCGUGUCCACGCUUUAACUGAGAGCUUCAAGCCCUUUGCACUCGAAGCUCGCCCAGGCGAUCGGUUGCUGGACCGCUAUGCGGACCGUCUCCGUUUUGACGAGUGUGAUCCUGGCCAGGAUAGACGCCCAUAUCUAGACAAGCUCAUCGCGAAAGCGAGGGCUGACCCCUAA